GACGUAAUAAAGAUAAGGUUAUCUAAAAAAUAAUACGUAACAUAUUUAAAUAAAAUUUAAACAAUGAAGUCGUACAUCUUAUAUAUUUCGUUUUUAAUAACUCUCUCAACUGCAGACAAUAUCAUAGAUGUGGACUGGGAUUACCUGAUCUUUGUUGAGCGCUGGCCAAUUACCGUAUGUAUAGAAUGGCACGAUAAGAACGUAAAAAAUAAUUGUACAAUACCUGUAAAUAACGUACAAUGGACAAUACACGGAAUUUGGCCAACAAAAAUAGGUACGGAUGGCCCCUCUUUUUGCAAUAAAGCAUGGCCUUUUAAUGAAACAAAAAUCGAAAAAAUCGAAGAUGAACUGAAACAGUAUUGGACAAACAUCGAAGAGAAUACUGGAUUAAUAUCUUUGUGGAAACACGAAUGGUUAAAACAUGGUACUUGUGCGGCUACAUUAAACUUACUUGACAAUGAGUAUAAAUAUUUUAAUCAGGGUUUAGAUUGGGUUAAAAAAUAUUCUGUAGGGGAAAUUUUAAAAAGAAAAGGUAUUGUUCCUAACAACACUGGAUAUACAAUUCAAGAAAUUAACGAUGUUUUAACCCAAGAAUUAAAUACCACGGUUAUAAUUCAAUGUGUUGUUCAAGCACACACAAAAAUUUCACUUAUUAGUGAAAUAAGAAUGUGUUUUGAUAAAUCUUUGAAUUUAAUUGGGUGCGAUUUUGAUACCUUAAAGUAUUUAUUUACAGAUAAUAUGAUGUACAAUUAUGAAUCAUCAGGUAUUUUUACUAAUUGUAACUUAAAAAAGCCUGUUAUGUACUUAGAUAGUAUUCCAAGGGAGUUGCAAGAUAAAUAUGAUCAAGUUGAUAACUUAGAAAAAUUGAUUACAUUAUAUAGGGUUAUUAAAUUUUUAAUAUGGUAUACACUUUAGUUUAAUUAUUAUUAA